UCAGAUUUAUUGUUAUGCGUUAUAACGAUGCCAAUAACCUUAGUUGAAAUCCUCUCCAAGUACUGGCCUUUCGGAAUGUUUGAAUUUUUCUGCAAAUUGAUUGCAAUGUUGCAAGCAGUGAGCAUUUUCGUAUCGACGAUCUCAAUAACAGCCAUAGCCUUUGACAGAUAUCAGCUGAUUGUGUAUCCAACGCGGGAGAGUCUUCAAGUAGGCGGUGUCAUCAGCAUACUCGCCUGCAUCUGGCUACUGGCUGUGCUAUUGGCUAGCCCACUCUUCAUCUACAAGCAGCUGGAGGAGGCUGAAAUUCCGCCACUGCUGCAAGCACUGGGCAUCCAUGGUGUUUGUUUUUGUGUGGAAGAUUGGCCCCUAAGCAACGGACGUUUCUACUAUUCAACUUUUUCACUAUGUGUACAAUACGUGGUGCCGAUAGUGAUAGUUUCCGGUGCGUAUCUUGGCAUUUAUAGGAAACUGCAGAGUCGCACCACUGUUGUGGCAAUGCAAACGCCACAACGUAAAGCCGAACGUGGACGACGUAUGCAACGUACAAAUUGCUUGCUAAUCACAAUUGCGCUAAUUUUCGGCAUUUCAUGGAUGCCCUUAAAUCUUUUCAAUUUAUAUGCAGAUAUGCGUAGUCCGGUAGCGGUGACGGAGAGUAUGCUAAUCGCCUAUGCGUUCUGUCAUAUGUUCGGCAUGAGUUCGGCCUGCACGAAUCCCUUGCUCUAUGGAUGGCUGAAUGACAAUUUCCGGAGUGCACAGGCGUGUCGAAGACGAAAACAUACCGAAAUAUCCGGCAAAGGCGAUUUGAAGUUAUUGCACAACGGUAAUGGUGCUGGCGUUCGAGGUGCUCUCACCGAAUCGAUGGCGUUGACCGAAAAUCCCAUUUCAAUGGAGCUGACAACAAUUACAGCGGUUCAAUGACAACC